AUGGGAACUCUAGAUUCAGAUGAUUUGAAGUCAGGUGUUGACCUAAAGAGUCAAACCGAUGAUGUAUCUCUUGUUGAUGAAAGGACAGCAGAGCAGAAAAAGAUUGACGAUUGGCUUCCAAUCACUUCAUCAAGAAACGCAAAGUGGUACUAUGCUGCUUUCCACAAUGUCACCGCUAUGGUUGGAGCUGGAGUCUUGAGUCUUCCAUACGCCAUGUCAAAUCUUGGAUGGGGGCCUGGUGUGGUUAUACUAAUUCUGUCAUGGGUAAUUACCUUGUACACGCUCUGGCAGAUGGUUGAAAUGCAUGAAAUGGUUCCUGGAAAGCGAUUUGAUAGGUACCACGAAUUAGGCCAAGAAGCUUUUGGCGAAAAGCUUGGUUUGUAUAUUGUUGUGCCACAACAAUUGAUCUGCGAAGUGGGCGUGGACAUAGUCUACAUGGUCACAGGAGGGGCAUCUUUAAAGAAAAUCCACGACAUUAUUUGGGAUGGCGCUCCAAAAAUUAAAACAACAUAUUUUAUUAUGAUAUUUGCUUCUGUACAUUUCGUAUUGUCUCAUCUUCCAAACUUUAACUCAAUAUCUGGGGUCUCCUUGGCUGCUGCUGUUAUGUCUUUAACUUACUCCACGAUUGCUUGGUCCGCUUCAAUUCACAAGGGCAUGCAGCAGAAUGUAGAAUAUGGUUACAAAGGAAAGGACCGUGCAGAAACAACCUUCAACUUUUUUACAGCUUUGGGUGAUGUGGCUUUUGCAUACGCAGGCCACAAUGUUGUUUUGGAGAUACAGGCAACAAUCCCUUCAACUCCCGAGAAGCCUUCUAAGGGGCCAAUGUGGAGGGGGGUGCUUGUGGCUUAUAUUGUUGUCGCCUUGUGUUAUUUUCCGGUUGCCCUUAUUGGAUAUUACAUGUUUGGAAAUGAAGUUGAUGACAACAUUCUGAUUUCACUAAAUAAGCCAAAAUGGCUUAUUGCUGCAGCUAACUUUUUUGUGGUAAUCCAUGUCAUUGGCAGCUAUCAGAUAUAUGCAAUGCCAGUUUUUGACAUGAUCGAAACCUUGUUGGUAAAGAAACUGAAAUUCAAACCAACCUUCGCCUUACGUUUCAUCUCACGUAAUAUCUACGUAGCAUUCACAAUGUUUGUCGCGAUAACCUUCCCUUUCUUUGGAGGUCUCCUUGGAUUCUUUGGAGGCUUUGCAUUUGCACCAACAACUUAUUUUCUCCCAUGCAUAAUGUGGCUUGCUAUCUACAAACCAAAGAGGUUCAGCUUGUCUUGGUGCACUAAUUGGAUUUGCAUAUUUUUGGGUCUAUGUUUGAUGAUUCUAUCUCCCAUCGGAGGGCUGCAAAACAUCAUAAAGAAAGCCAAGGACUAUAAGUUCUACAACUGAUCAUAUAUCUUCCGAAAAAAGUAAACAGAUCAAAAUAAUAGCGCGCAGAGAUCCCAUGAAGGGUUUUUAGCUGCUUUGAAUCAUCAUUGUGCAAAGUUAAUACCAUCUCUGUUUCUUUGUGUGUGAAAUAUCAUUAGUACACUAUUUCAUUAGGCUAAUACUUCUCUUAUUCGAUUCUUUAUCCAUCUAUUAUCGUUUUCUGUAUACGUGUACG